AUGGCAGGCACACAGAAAGCCACCAAUCGGCCCCACGCAUCGGCGAUCACUGAACACAUCACCGAAAAAGGCUACGAAUCCCCUCACCUUGCAAGAUCCGCGCAAGUCCAGCACAACCUCGAGCACCAACACCUGUGGACCUCCAUAGUGGGAGAGGUCAUUCCUGGACAAGCAGGCGACUCAAACACAUUAGAAAAGGACCCCCACCAGCCACCACAAGAACCAAUCCCUCUGCUCUCCGGCUACCCCCCACACCGCGUGUACACACAUCCAGAUGAGCAGCUUUACAUGCUAGAAAACGGGAUUCGCGAAGACGACCUCGAGCCGCAGCGCAUGUUCGUGGUGCCGACUACACAGGGUCAGCCGUGGACCUUGCGCCAUAUGGCUGCUGUGUUUGACCGGCUUCCUGAGUUCAAGCGAAAGGCUGAAGAGCAUGAUCGAUCUGUCAAUCCUACGAGCAUGCAGCCGGGGGCGUCGGGUCUGGAUCCUCAGAAGGCAGAAAAGCUGGCGCAGUACUAUGAUAAGAAGGAGAAAGCUCGUUUGACCAAGGAAUGGGGCUCGCAAAGCUUGUUGCUUGCUAUGGUGGAUAAGGGGAUGGGUGGGGACGGGACGGUAGCAUAUUAUGUUGUGCAUGAAGGCGAGGUGAAGCCGAGGCAGAACUGA